UUAAAUUGUUGGCGGUUGAUGGAGGAAGGAACAACGAGCUGAGCUCCGCAGCGCUGCUUUUGAUACGGAUUUGCAGGGUUUUUGUGGGAUUUCAGCCUGUCUCUUAUUGGAAUCAUGCAAAACAAAGAGAACCGCGACCCCAAAAGCCUCCUCGCACAGACUGCAGUGGUUCCUCCCCUCAGAGGACAGACGAACCCUGGUACAGAAACAGAAAGUAUGGGUCCAGGCAGAGUCCCAGUGAAAUCCAGCUCACCAAAGAAGUUUAGCCUUAGGGACUUCGAUAUUGGGAGGCCACUGGGGAAGGGAAAGUUUGGGAAUGUGUAUCUUGCGCGAGAGAAGAAGCUGAAGGUGAUCGUGGCUCUAAAAGUGCUCUUCAAAUCCCAGAUGGAGAAAGAGGGUGUGGAGCACCAGCUCAGGAGGGAAAUAGAAAUUCACUCCCACCUCAGGCAUCCAAACAUUUUGCGGUUUUAUAACUACUUCCAUGACUCAAAGCGUGUAUUUCUGAUUCUGGAGUAUGCGGCACGUGGAGAGAUGUACAAAGAGCUGCAGCGCUGUGGACGCUUCAGUGACCAGCGGACGGCCACGUUCAUGGAGGAAAUUUCGGAUGCGCUGCAGUAUUGCCACGAGAACAAGGUUAUCCAUCGGGACAUAAAACCAGAGAAUUUGCUACUUGGUUUUAGAGGAGAGCUCAAGAUUGCUGACUUCGGCUGGUCUGUCCACGCACCCUCACUACGGCGCCGUACCAUGUGUGGUACUCUGGAUUAUCUGCCUCCUGAGAUGAUUGAAGGCCAUUCUCAUGAUGAGAAGGUGGAUCUGUGGUGCGUUGGUGUGCUGUGCUACGAGUGUUUAGUGGGAAACCCUCCAUUUGAGACAGCCAGCCAUUCAGAAACAUACAAACGCAUUACCAAGGUGGAUCUGCAGUUUCCUAAGGUGGUCUCAGAUGGUGCUCGAGACUUGAUCUCCAAGCUGUUGAGGCAUAGCCCCUCCAUGCGUCUGCCUCUGAAGAGCGUCAUGGAGCAUCCUUGGGUGAAAGCCAACUCCCGCAGAGUCCUGCCCCCUGUCAGCCAGCCUAAACCCACUCCUGCACACUGACCCUCUUCAAAACUCUUGACCCACCGUUAGCUCUCCUGCUCUAAAACACACUAUGAUGCAAAGCAUAAAAUGUGUAGCUUAGCGACCUAGCUUGCCACAUGCUGUUGGCUUGCUGAUGUACAAACAAAGCUUUGUAGUUUUAAAGUGAGGAAGCUAGUCUUGGUUCAGGGAUCCAUGUCAGGGAUUCUAAGCAUGUACAUUAGUCAGAUUCAAUUUUGGAUCAUUCGAGAUGAGUUGAUUUUUAAAUUGGUUGAAUCAGGAUGUUGACUCUGUAUCUAUACUGAAGGCUUUAAUGCCUCAUUUAGAAAACCUAAAAGCAGAUUUAUGCAGUUUUUCUGUUGUACACCGUUUUACACUGUCUUUUGUGUGGGAUGCUGCCCAUGUAUUAUUCUGUCUUCUUUUUCGUCUGUCCUCUUUUUUUCCUGUAGAUGUUUUUAGAGUUAAGACUGUGGUUUGUGUACAUGGUGCACUUUGGCAUCUUAAUUGCUCGAAUAUAUAUUUUAUCUUGAAUAAAAAAUAUUUGAUAUCCGA